AAGUGUACACAUUCUUUAACAUAUUUAUUUAAAUAUAAACGAUAUACGAACAAAACAUGAGUGAUGGUAAUGCCUGCGUUUUUGUGUUCUCAAACGUGUAUAAAUACAGUAUUGGCCGUGUGACAAUAAAAACACGUGGUCGCGCGUUUUUUAUGUGUUAAUAUGAAUUGUUAAUCGAUGCAGAAAAUUUAUUGUAAUGGCACGUGGGAGAAGACCGACUCGGGGUGGGAAGAGACCAACUCGGGGUGGUAAAAGAAAAUUUGACCGGUAUGACAAUCAACCGAAACCCAAGAAAGGCAAGUUUAACCUAAAAGAAGCUUCAUACGUUAGAGAACGUGAGGCUAAAAAUAAGGAAAUAGAGAAACGGAGGCAAAUAUUGGAAGAAGAAAAAUUGCAACAUCGAGAAUUAGAGACAGAUAGCUUUGACGAAGAUGAGACGAAUCCUAUGCAAGACUUACUGUCUACAUUUUCAGGCACGAAUACGAUUCAGUCAAAUGCUAUAGAGUCUAAUUCAGAGAGUGAUUAUUCUGACAUUGAAGGUGAUAUUGGAAAAAGUGGCAAUGUUGAUGAAAAUUCGAUAAUAUACAGUGACAAUCAGGCAGAGUUGUCCAAUGAUAGCGAAGGUGAAGAGAUUAAAGUAAAAGAAUUGGACGAAGAAGAUCCUGAAACUGCCCAAGAAGAUGCUGGUUAUCUAAGAGAUCCAUUUACAAUUCAUCUGAGAGAUGAUUUAGAUGCCACACUUUACGAUGCAGUUUCUAAUGUUCCUCAAAUUGUAGACACACAGAAAAUAACAUGGCCUAUACUUGGGAAUCUUAUUUGUGAAAUUCCAAAAACUUCAAGAAAUACAGAUGGUACAAUGAAAAAAACCAAAAUUUCGGUUUUGGAAGAAAAGCAAUUUGCUAGGGGGGGUACUGUUCCUUCUUUGAUCGAAACUGUGGAUUGGAACAAGCUAUAUGUAAAAACACAAAUACAAGGCAAUAUUACAAAAGCUAAUUACUCUAAUACUGGAGACUGUGUUAAUACAAAUCCAUCGUUUUUGACUCCUUUGCAGAGAGAAUUGUUUUCAGUAGUAAACAAUUAUCAAGAUUUAUAUUAUCCUGAAAGAACAUUUUCUAAUGCUGAUCAAAUAAGAUUUAUAUAUUGUCUACAUGCAAUUAAUCAUGCAUUAAAGACCAGAACAAAGGUGCUGCAUCAUAAUGCAAAAAUAUCAAAAUCAAAAUGUACAAAUAUGGCAGAAAUCCCAGAUGAGUAUAGAGAUCAAGGUUUAGUAAGACCAAAAAUUUUAAUAAUAGUUCCCUUUAGGCAUGCGUGCUUACAAAUUGUCGAAUUAUUAAUAGCUAUUUUAAUUGGGGAAGAUAAAGGUGGUUCCGUAAUGAACAAAAUCAGGUUCAUGGAAGAUUUUAGUGGUAAUGAAUUGGUGAUGCCCAAGAAAAAUCCAAAACCAGAGGAUUAUGAGCAAACAUUCCAAGGAAACACAGAUGACACCUUCAAAAUAGGAAUCUCCAUCACAAAGAAGACACUGAAACUAUAUUCAGAAUUUUAUUCGUCCGACAUUAUAAUUUCAUCCCUGUUAGGUUUGAGAAUGCUAAUUGGUGCAGAAGGCGAAGCAGAGAGGGAUUAUGAUUUUCUGGCAUCGAUAGAAUUAUUAAUUCUGGAUCAAGCUGAAAUGUUCCUAAUGCAAAAUUGGGACCAUAUGAUGCACAUUUUAAAUCAUCUACAUUUGCAACCAAAAGAUUCGCAUGGAACGGAUUUUUCUAGAGUCAGAAGUUGGAGUGUAAAUGGGUGGAGUAAAUACUACAGACAAACCUUAAUAUUUUCGAGCAUUCACGUGCCCGAAAUUUAUGGGAUAUUCAAUAAGAGAUGUUACAAUUACGCUGGAAAAGUGAAGGUAAUAAAUCCUGUUUCCGUUGGAUCGAUUUGCCAGGUGGUCGUACAAGUUCCCCAAGUAUUUCACAGAUUCGAAAGUUCGAGUCAUUCGCAGGCUUUGGAACAAAGAAUGGAAUUCUUCGUAUCGAAAAUACUUCCCCAAUACAAGGACCGAAUUAUGAACCACACAUUGAUUUUCGUACCAUCGUAUUUCGAUUUUGUGAAGUUGCGAAAUUAUUUUAAAAAGGAAGAAUAUAGUUUUGCUCAGAUCUGCGAAUACUCGAAGGACGCAAAAGUGGCAAGAGCAAGAGACAUGUUCUAUCACAGCGAUGCACAUUUUCUUUUAUAUUCAGAACGAUUUCAUUACUAUCGUAGAAUAAGGGUGAAAGGUAUAAGGCACGUUAUAUUUUACGCGCCGCCCACGGUUCCCGGAUUUUACAGUGAACUCUGUAAUUUAAUGCACGAAUCGAAUCAGAAUCCACGGGCGGGUUCUGAAAGUAACAUGACCGUAACGGUUCUGUAUUGUAAAUACGAUAUCAUGCAACUAUCCGCGAUCGUGGGCACAGAGAAAGCAAAGAAAAUGUUUGGGUCGGAAAAGACUGUUCACAUGCUCGUGACUGGUGAAUGAAGGAUCAACGAAAAUGGGUAUAAAAUGUACAUUACACAUGUUCCAAUUGUAAAUUACGUGAAAAACGAUGAUGUGUAUGAUUAAUAAUAACAAAAAGUAGUU